CCCUUUAAAGCAAACAUCUACAUGUUACUAAAUGUCACAGGCUCGUAAUUAGAUUAGACAUGGUAAUAACUAAAAUAAUUCUGCUCCAAAUUAAAUGUUUGAAUAAAACAAGUUUUUGGCAUAUUUUAUAUGGAGACACUACAAUAUUGUGUGAUGCUUCAAUAAGUCCCACUGCUUAUAAAUAAUGCUUUUCAUGAGGACAUGAGCAGUAAUGGCCCAUGAACACAAUCUGGGGGUUUAUGCCUCUGUAGUCCCCACAGGAAAUGAUCUUAGACCUGAAACGGACCACUCUGAUGCUAAUAUGUAACCUUUUAACUCCUAAAUCCUUGAUUGAUAUUACAAAUGUCACAAGUAAUGCUUCAUUUAUUGAAUUAGCUGAAAAAAAGAAGGUUGAUGUAAAUAAAAUAUAAUUAUUAUAUGUAUUAUACAGAAUCACAAUUAUAUCAUCUCAUACAUAAAACAUCAUAAUGUAAUGUAUCUAGUGGAACUUGAUUCUCAGCAUCCAUAAACAUACAUAUUUGCCCUUUUCUAAGUGCCCAGUAAGUCUCAUUAGGAACCGGCUGGUUGCAUCAGAAAAAUAGUAAAGGCUCUAUCCCUCUCUCUCUCUCUGUGAAAUAGUGUAAUCUGAUAAUCAGGACACAUAUAACCACACUAUAAAAACCCUCUCACUAAUAGCAAAGAAUCCACAUACAAGCCAAUAUAGAGGAGAAUCCAAAUGGGUAAGAAUGGGCCUCAUCAAAAGCCUCUUCAGUGUCAUCUUCUUUUUGUGUUGUUUAUAUCUGAUGUUCUUAUAUGUUUCAUAAAAUUACUCUUUUGUUUGAAGCUUCAGGCAAUCAGACAAUAUUCUUUUUUUCUUUUUUUUUUUUUAAAGGCUAAUAUCAUAAGAAUAAAGGACAAAUUUUCCUCUUGUUUUUCAUGGUCCACUUGGAGGAUGAUUAAAAAAGGUGUAGAAAUGACACACAUCUCCGAAAUGGAGUCAAAAUCUAGACAGCAGUCAUUCGACAGUGUCAUGGAUGGGGACGAGAGCAACCAGAUAUCUGCAAAUGUGUUUGAGUGGGCUAAGCAAGGAAACGCUGUUGCUCUGGAGAAGCACUCCAAGUACUUGGACAUACGCGACCAGAUCGGUGCCAGCCCACUGCACUACGCCUCAUCCAAGGGAUACUUUCGCAUCAUCAGACUUAUUGUGCAGGUCAUUGGACAGCAAGAGCUCAAUGCCAGGGAUGAGGAAGGGAAUACACCUCUUCACUGGGCCGUGCAGAAGGACCAGCCAGGGAGCUGCUCUGUGCUGCUGACUCUGGGAGCAGAUCCUAACAUCCUAAAUAACAGCCAGCUGGCACCGCUACAUAUGGCAGUCAGCCUGGGCAAAAAUUUUGUGAUAGAACAACUUGUCUCACAUAAACAAACUGAUGUGAACCUGGAAGGAGACAUGGGAAACACCCCUGUUAUUUUAGCUGCCUCUUUGGAUAACCAUGAGGCUCUGGUCAUAUUGUACAAACAUGGUGCAAAGUUCUGUCGUCAGAACAAACUUGGACAUUUUGCAAUUCAUGCUGCUGCUUUUGCUGGAGCUAAGAAAUCCAUGGAGGUCAUUCUUCUGAAAGGAGAAGAAGUUGGUCUGUCCAUUGACAGCCAUAUAAACUAUGUGGAUAAAUCUUGCAGCAGUCCACUCCACCUGGCUGUACGUGGAGGGAAUCUCGACAUCAUUAAACUCUGCAUUGCAUAUGGAGCAAAAAUUGAUCAGCAGCAGUGUGAUAAAUCCACUGCUCUCCACUUUGCAUGUAGUCAAGGUGCCACUGAGGUUGUUAAAGUCAUGCUCUCUGCUUACCAUAAAGUGUGUGAUCUUAUCAACAUCACUGAUGGGGCCAACCAGACACCUCUACAUAAAGCAGCGAUUUUUGAUCACUUUGAACUCUCCGAGUACCUUAUAUCACAGGGUGCUGACAUAGACUUUGUUGACUGCAAAGGCCAUUCUCCACUCCUUCUGGCAACAAGUUGCGGAGCAUGGCGAACUGUCAAUCUGCUCCUCUCCCAUGGGGCUGAUCUGAAGAAAAAAGACACAUCUGGAUGCAACUUCCUGCAUCUGGCCAUCCUGCAGCCCAGGGGUCUGAAAAACCUGCCUACAGAGGUACUGCAGCACGAGAGUGUGAGAGAGCUCCUCAAUGAUGAGGAUACUGAGGGCUGUACUCCCCUCCAUUACGCCUGUAGACUGGGAAUACCAGAGUCUGUGAAGAACAUGCUGGGAUUAGAGGUCUCGCUGGACCAAAAGUCCAAACAGAAGAAAUCUGCGCUUCAUUUUGCGGCCGAAUUUGGGAGGAUCAACACGUGCCACAGGCUUCUGGAGAUGGUGACAGACACCAGACUGCUGAAUGAGGGGGAUGAAAAAGGACUGACACCUCUGCAUAUGGCCUCUCGUGGAGGUCACGUUAAAGUAGUUGAGCUUCUUCUGCGCAAGGGGGCGCUGUUUCACAGUGACUAUAGAGGAUGGUCUUGUCUGCAUCAUGCUGCAUCUGAAGGAUACACUCAGACCAUGGACACUUUGCUGACAUCUAACAUCAAACUUCUAAACAAAACCGAUGGAGAUGGGAACACAGCAUUGCAUCUGGCUGCCAGAGCAGGUCAUGUGGCAGCUGUAAGACUUCUGUUAUACAAAGGGGCCAAGAUCAUCCUCAAUAAGAAUGAUGCCACUUUCUUGCACGAGGCUGUACAUAAUGGGAGGAAGGAGGUCACCAACACCGUGAUUGAGAGUGACAGAUGUGAAGAAGUGAUGACAUCGUAUAAACCAAACUCAAUAAAACGCUGCAUUGUCAUGGACAUGAUUGAGUUUCUUCCAGAGUCCUUUAAACAUCUUCUAGACACUUGCAUAAGGGAAUCAGAGGAAGAUGUGAACAGCACCAAUUACUAUAUUGAGUACAACUUCAGGUGGCUUCAGCAUCCAUUGCAAAAUCUUAAAAAAGAUGGCAUGGAAAAAGACAACACGUACAAACCUCUCAGUGCACUAAAUGCUAUGGUGAAAUUUAAUCAUGUCAGCUUGCUGAAACAUCCAGUCUGCAAGAAAUAUUUGGAGAUGAAAUGGAGUGCCUAUGGGAUCAAAGCACAUCUGCUCAAUAUGACUGUGUAUGCGCUGGGGGUGUUUCCUUUAACUUAUCUCAUUGUGAACCUGAAGCCCACAUUGGUCACUGCAAGAAAUGUCACAUCAGUCAACAUGGUCUGCACGUCCUUGUACAAGCAGUCCUAUAUAACAACAACAUGCAUGCUCCUGGUUCUUGCCAUGAACAUGUAUGCAGUUGGGAAAGAGAUCCUGCAAAUGUUUCAACAGCGGAUGAAUUAUUUGCGAGAUUUUUCUAACUACAUGGACUGGUCCGCUGCGAUCUGUUCUCUGGUGUUCGUGGUGCCGUUGCUGAUGAACUCGAAGAGUUCCUGGCACUGGCAGGCUGGAGCACUGGCAGCUCUGGCCUCCUGGAUGAAUCUCCUCCUCUAUCUUCAGCGGUUUGAACGGAUUGGUAUAUACGUGGUAAUGUUUCGGGAGAUCUCACAGACACUGCUGAGCAUUAUCGUGUUGUUCUUCUACUUGAUAUUGGGAUUUGCCUUAUCCUUCUACGCCUUGAUGAUCGAACAGCAACAUUUUGGAAGGAUGUUCCUGUCACUGCUGCAAACCUUUGUCAUGAUGGUUGGAGAAAUCAACUACCAGGACAAUUUCUUGAAACCCUACCUGCAAGGAGACCUUCCUUUUCCAAACUUGACUUUGGCCAUCUUUAUUUGGUUUGUCUUACUCGUGCCUAUUCUUCUCAUGAACCUCUUGAUCGGUUUGGCUGUUGGUGACAUAGCAGAGGUUCAGACAAACGCAUGUUUAAAGAGGAUUGCAAUGCAGAUUGAACUUCACACUCAUCUGGAGGAGAGGCUUCCCUAUUGGUUUAUGAAGCGGGUGGACCAGGUCUCCAUCAGAGAAUUCCCAAACAGAUGUUUCAGUGGAAAGAAAAGAUGGUUUUUCGGAGGCAAUGAGGUGAGGAAGUCCAGGACCCGUCUUAGUCCUACCAUCCAGCAGUUAACUCCACUGGAACGGGAGCUAACCAAACAGAAAUACAGGCUGAAGGAGAUAUCGGACACUAUGGAAAAGCAACACAGCCUGCUAAAGCUCAUAGUGCAGAAGAUGGAGAUCAGCUCAGAGGCUGAAGAACAUGACGGACCCCCAGUCUUUCAGGAGCUGAAGGAGAAACUCCUCACCAGGAGCAAAUGGGGUCCGCUGCUCAGGGCAGUUACCGCCCGAAAGAAGGGACUCUGCAGUUUUGCAAAAACGUCAUGAACGUCAUGUUUCAACAGAAUUGUUGUAUUUACUCAUAAACUGUGAUGACAUGGCUAAUAUUUCUCAGUAUGACCUUGCUUCUGUACAACAAUCAAGGCUAAAACCAAA